GCAUUUCUGCGCAGCUCUAGCGCGCCUCGGAGCCCGCCGGGGCAGCCGCCGGACGCCAAGACCGCGAGCCAGACUGCCCGGAAGCUGCGCCGCCGCCGCCAGCCACAGCACAGCCAGGACAGAGGAAGUGGAUUAGGAGUUCCCGGGAGGGAGCCUGCCCAGCCUUUCCCUGACAUUUGGGCAAACUUGUGGGGAGAUGCGGAGCUCAAGGCGUGCUGGUCACCAUGACAACAGAGACAGGCCCUGACUCUGAGGUGAAGAAAGCUCAGGAGGAGGCCCCGCAGCAGCCCGAGGCCGCCGCCGCUGUGACCACUCCUGUGACCCCUGCAGGCCACGGCCACCCAGAGGCCAACUCCAAUGAGAAGCAUCCACCCCAGCAGGACACGCGGCCUGCUGAACAGAGCCUAGACAUGGAGGAGAAGGACUACAGUGAGGCCGAUGGCCUGUCGGAGAGGACCACGCCCAGCAAGGCCCAGAAAUCACCCCAGAAGAUUGCCAAGAAAUACAAGAGUGCCAUCUGCCGGGUCACUCUGCUUGAUGCCUCGGAGUAUGAGUGUGAGGUGGAGAAACAUGGCCGGGGUCAGGUGCUGUUUGACCUGGUCUGUGAACACCUCAACCUCCUAGAGAAGGACUACUUCGGCCUGACCUUCUGUGAUGCCGACAGUCAGAAGAACUGGCUGGACCCCUCCAAGGAGAUCAAGAAGCAGAUCCGGAGUAGCCCCUGGAACUUUGCCUUCACAGUCAAGUUCUACCCACCUGAUCCUGCCCAGCUGACAGAAGACAUCACAAGAUACUACCUGUGCCUGCAGCUGCGGGCAGACAUCAUCACGGGCCGGCUGCCCUGCUCCUUUGUCACGCAUGCCCUACUGGGCUCCUACGCCGUGCAGGCCGAACUGGGUGACUAUGAUGCUGAGGAGCAUGUGGGCAACUAUGUCAGCGAGCUCCGCUUCGCCCCUAACCAGACCCGGGAGCUGGAGGAGAGGAUCAUGGAGCUGCAUAAGACAUAUAGGGGGAUGACCCCAGGAGAAGCAGAAAUCCACUUCUUAGAGAACGCCAAGAAGCUUUCCAUGUAUGGAGUAGACCUGCACCAUGCCAAGGACUCUGAGGGCAUCGACAUUAUGUUAGGCGUCUGUGCCAAUGGCCUGCUUAUCUACCGGGACCGGCUGAGAAUCAACCGCUUUGCCUGGCCCAAGAUCCUCAAGAUCUCCUAUAAAAGGAGUAACUUCUAUAUCAAGAUCCGGCCUGGGGAGUAUGAGCAAUUUGAGAGCACAAUUGGCUUUAAACUCCCAAACCACCGGUCAGCCAAGAGACUGUGGAAGGUCUGCAUCGAGCAUCACACAUUCUUCCGGCUGGUGUCCCCUGAGCCCCCACCCAAGGGCUUCCUGGUGAUGGGCUCCAAGUUCCGGUACAGUGGCAGGACCCAGGCACAGACCCGCCAGGCCAGUGCCCUCAUUGACCGGCCUGCACCCUUCUUUGAGCGUUCUUCCAGCAAACGGUACACCAUGUCCCGCAGCCUUGAUGGAGCAGAGUUCUCCCGCCCAGCCUCUGUCAGUGAGAACCACGAUGCUGGGCCUGAUGGUGACAAGCGGGAGGAGGAUGGCGAGUCUGGGGGGCGACGGUCAGAGGCCGAGGAAGGAGAGGUCAGGACUCCAACCAAGAUCAAGGAGCUAAAGCCGGAGCAGGAAACCACGCCGAGACACAAGCAGGAGUUCUUAGACAAGCCAGAGGACGUCUUGCUGAAGCACCAGGCCAGCAUCAAUGAGCUCAAGAGGACCCUGAAGGAGCCCAACAGCAAACUCAUCCAUCGGGAUCGAGACUGGGAACGGGAGCGCAGGCUGCCCUCCUCCCCUGCCUCCCCCUCCCCCAAGGGCACCCCUGAGAAAGCCAAUGAGAGAGCAGGGCUGAGGGAGGGCUCCGAGGAGAAAGUCAAACCACCACGUCCCCGGGCCCCAGAGAGUGACACAGGCGAUGAGGACCAAGAGCAGGAGAGGGACACGGUGUUCCUGAAGGACAACCACCUGGCCAUUGAGCGCAAGUGCUCCAGCAUCACGGUCAGCUCUACGUCCAGCCUGGAGGCUGAGGUGGACUUCACGGUCAUUGGUGACUACCACGGCAGCGCCUUCGAAGACUUCUCCCGCAGCCUGCCUGAGCUCGACCGGGACAAAAGCGACUCAGACACUGAGGGCCUGGUGUUCUCCCGGGAUCUUAACAAGGGGGCCACCAGCCAGGAUGAUGAGUCUGGGGGCAUUGAGGACAGCCCGGAUCGAGGGGCCUGCUCCACUCCGGAUAUGCCCCAGUUUGAGCCCGUGAAGACGGAAACCAUGACUGUCAGCAGUCUGGCCAUUAGAAAGAAGAUUGAGCCGGAGGCCGUACUGCAGACCAGAGUCUCCGCUAUGGAUAACACCCAGGUUGAUGGGAGUGCCUCAGUGGGGAGGGAGUUCAUAGCAACCACUCCCUCCAUCACCACGGAGACCAUAUCGACCACCAUGGAGAACAGUCUCAAGUCCGGGAAGGGGGCAGCUGCCAUGAUCCCAGGCCCACAGACGGUGGCCACGGAAAUCCGUUCUCUUUCUCCGAUCAUCGGGAAAGAUGUCCUCACCAGCACCUACGGCGCCACUGCGGAAACCCUCUCAACCUCCACCACCACCCAUGUCACCAAAACUGUGAAAGGAGGGUUUUCUGAGACAAGGAUCGAGAAGCGAAUCAUCAUUACUGGGGAUGAAGAUGUCGAUCAAGACCAGGCUCUGGCUUUGGCCAUCAAGGAGGCCAAACUGCAGCAUCCUGAUAUGCUGGUAACCAAAGCUGUCGUAUACAGAGAAACAGACCCAUCCCCGGAGGAGAGGGACAAGAAGCCACAGGAAUCCUGACCUCUGUGAAGAGAUCCUGGUAUUUCUGGUCCAACCCAAGCCAGAGAACCAUUAAGAAGGGGCCUUCGUUCUGGAUUCUCCGACGCAACACCGACGUCCCAGCUGCGACGUACUGUCACUGAUGAGAGACUGGGAAGGGAAAAGCAUAUAUAUAUAUAGAUAUAUAGAGAUAUAGAUAUAUAUACAGGAAACACCGCGUCCUUGCACUGCUGCUGGGGCUGGCAGAGCAGUUGGCUGACGGCAACAACUGACAUCUGAACACCUACAUUUCCUUUGCAGACAAAUUGAAGAACUGGUGGGAUUUUUUUCAAGAAAAAAAAUUAUAUAAUAACUAUAAUCCCUUGCUCACUCCUUUCCCCGCCAAAUAAGAAACGCAAGCCAGACCACGAUGAUUGUAGAAGUCCCUCCCACCCUGGUUCUGCACGGUACAGUUAGCAGACGAGCAGUUCCAUUUGUUCUUCUCCAGCAUUUCUGAGGCCCACUUGAAUGCAAAGGAAAACACUCACGCAGCAAAGCAAGAGAAGUCGCAGCAGCAAGACACGCACAGUCAACCAUUUUCCGAGAAAGAAAGAAAAUUCCCCACUUGGAAAGAAAGAGGAAGAACACUGGAUUCUUACUUUCUGGAUCUUGACACUGGGCUGCAAAAUUCACCUGCCUCUCUCCCACCUCCUCAAUGUCUUGCUGUCAUUUUCUGUCUCGGCUCCCUCCUCCCCCUUCCCCCACCCAACACCCCUCACCCUCUGUGUCUGGGUCCUGCUGAGGGCCACUGCAGAUGACUCUCCUUUGAAAUGAGAAAAAGAAAAGAAAGCAAGAACAGAAAACGAAGCCACAGGAAGGGAAGUAGACAUUGUAUGUUUAUGGUUUCUCAUUAUGAAGGUGCAGCUUGUAGGAGGUUUGUACGGAUGUGCUUUUAAGUUAUGUAUAUUGCAUAUAACAGGAAAAAAAUAUUAAAAUAAACAGUGCUGGUAAGUAUGAAGCUGACAUUC